AUGGAUCGCCUUAAAACCGACCGGAAGCGCACGGACGAUGGCGUCGGCACUCGUGGCAUGGAGGAUUUGGUGCUUCAGGUGCGUGGCCGCUCCCUGGCCGGCAGCAAGGAGUUCAUCUCCGAAGAAAGCUACGAAUCUGAGAAGAAGAGCAAAUCUGUAGCUGGAGCAGGUCGUUGUGUAAUCCAGAAAUUCAUCAUGUACCCAGACAACAACUUUCGGCGCUUUUGGACUGCCCUGGUAGUUGGUUUGCUGGUCUACACCGGCACCAUCUUCAUCUAUCGCUUGAUUUUUGUGCGCUUUUAUGUUCCAAGGGAACUGGAGGUCCCGAAAUUUUGGAACUACUUUGAUCGCAUGGUGGACAUCAUGUUUCUGAUGGAUUUGCUGAUUCAGUUUCUUUUCACCUACACCAGCGAGAAAGGAUACGAGGUCGCUCUGCCUCGGAAGAUUGCCAUCAGAUAUCUUAGCGGAUGGUUUUGGGUCAAUGCGAUUUCCUGUGUGCCGGAAGAGGUCGCCAGCGCAGUGUAUCGAUACAUGAUGAGUGACGCAGGAAGUUCCACUGCGAAUGGUGGACAUCGAUCUUUGAGGCUGGUUCGCAUGCAGCGAAUGACGAAGAUUGUCCGAAUGUUGAGACUGGUGAAGUUGACCCAACUGACUGAGCGGCUCAAUUUGGACAUGUACAUCCAGAGAUACAAGGUGGUGGCGGUGUUGAACACCCUCUGCGGCCUUAUUUGGGCUGUUCAUGUGAUGGCCUGUGGCUGGUACCUCUGUGCCGCCCUGCAUAACGACCCCCUGGAGACCUGGCUGGCCCGGCGCCUGGUGGGUGUCAAUGAGGAGAUGUUGCUGAACUGCUCCCCAUUUGAUCAAUGGGCGCAUUCCAUGUACUUCGUUUUUGCCGUCUUCACCACAGUUGGUUUUGGUGACAUCUCAGCCUUUACAACUGGUGAGAUCAUGUACGUGACUCUCACCAUGAUGGUUGGAGCCAUCGUGCACAGCCUUAUCGUUGGACAGGUGAUCGGCGAGGUCACCAGCGACAACACGGUGAACACCUUCCUGAAAAACAAGCUGAAGCUGGCGAAGGAAUUUGCAGCCCAUGCCAAUCUGGAUGCUGCCGGAGCAAAGGUGCUAUCCUUUUGGUUGGAACAAAACGCCCGCGAUUUGAUGACGGAGCAAUUCAAGAUGGAUGAGAUGCACCAGCUGGUGGCAAACGACAUGCCCGUGACCUUGAUGAAGGAACUUCAGGGCCGGCUAUUUCAAGGUCAGCUGGCGCGAAAUGUGUUUCUUCAGAUUCCAUUUGUGGUGACUCCACCGCGCCUGCCCCUGCUGCUUUCCUUGGCCCUGAUGCCCAAGUCCUACGAGUCAGGUCAACUGUUGUACCAAGCAGGGGACUCAGCCUUCCACAUGUAUCUGGUGCUCAGCGGAACCUUUGCCUUUGUUGCUCGGCCAGAGCGGCCCAGCAAGAGCCCACGGGCCAACGAGAUGUGGCCCUACCAGCUCUUUUCGCACAGAAGCUAUUUCGGCAACUUCGAGCUGCAUUGCGGGCUGAAGCAGUUCCGCCGUGCCACCGCCCGGUGCGAAUCCGACCGGGGCCAUGCACUUCGUCUGCCCCGGGAGCACUACAUGCGGCUGUGCGCAGAAUUCCCUCAAUUCAAUGCAGCAUGGCAUGGCGAAUCCAUCCGUCGCGAAGCUCUACGCUGCCGAUUGCAAGCGGCGCACGGGCGCAUGCUGAAUUACCGUGUGUUGGCGGCAAAACGCUUGCAGAGAUACAUCAGACUCCGCAAGGCUGAAAAGGAAGAAAAACGAGAUGGCCACGAAGAGGAGUUCGCAGCAUUCCGUUCUGAUGUCAGAAGGCAUUCUUGGCACUCCUCCUCUGGUGAAGUGAGCGAAACCCUCGGCUCCCUUUCACUUGGAUCCAUGGGUCCUCAGAGAUCUGAGAACUUGACAUGUAAACGCGCGACCACGCGCAAGACAACCGACUGGAAGGUGAAGGUUGACGAGGAUGUUUGGAAGCAACAACUCACAGUCAGCAUGUCAGCACUCAAAGCCAAUGCUGACAUGCAGGCCGAGGCCAUUGAGGGCCUCCGGCACGAGAUGCGGCAAGUUAUGGCCAUGGUGGCCACAUUGGUGCGGUUCAUCGCCCUGCUUCUGUUCGUUCCAGCAAUUGGACAAGAUACGACGACUACGAUCCCCUUGACAUCGCUUUACAGUCCAGAUGUGUCACAGUCAUGCACAAUUAUGCAGAAUUGUCCGCUGCGGGGAAACUUUCCGAACAGAGGCAUUUGUGUUUCAGUGCCGCAAAUGGGUGGAACCCAGUGUGCCUUGGCCACAGCUGGGCCAUUGGUGUCAGGUGACCCAGGUGGGCAGUAUGGCAGUGAUGUGGUCACCUUUUCCUUCUGGCUCCGCUUGACUUCCUGGCUCAGGUCUCACAAUGCCUCAGACUACAUGGUGGCUGGUGGCGGUCAAAUUGAUGUGAUGAAUUUCGUGGCAUCUGAGUUGGUUUCACAGGUGCGCGCCGGGCUAAAUAACAAUGUCACCUGCCCCAAGCAGCUUCAGCUCACAGUGACCUCCAUGCAGUGCCCCAUAGGUGACGCUUGCCCCAAGAAUCUGCGACAUCAGUUCAAAGUGCCUUACGGCCGUGGUCUCUGUGUGGUCAAGGGGGAUGAGAAGCACGGUUUCGCUUGCUUCGCCCCUUCGGCUUUUGGGGAUGCUGAAGCCAGGUUGUUAUUCAUGCUGAGAGCCGAGGACAUGUGCGACUACCGCAUCCCUGCGAGCCGAUUUAGCGAAGGUGCUCAUCAAGGUAUCGCGCUGCAAGUGAUGAACUUCCGAAGUAGCGGUGCCUGCCAGAACAAGCCAUGGCUUCCCUGGGUAAUGGCCUUGCUUUUCCUAUUGCUGAUUGCCGGUUGCUUUGGCCUUUAUUAUAUCCAGCGCCGCCGUUCCCGGCGAGCCGAAGUGGCCAUGAAGGGUGAGGAUGACGAGGAGUACACUGAAGAGCAUGAUGGGGAGGAGCACGAGCAUGAUCAGGACAGGCCUCCUUUUGAAGAUCGUCCUGGCUACGGCCGCCAGGAGAUGGAUGCGGAGUAUGGAAUGUCAGCACCUGGACGUGCCAGUGCAUCUUCUGAGGUUCCUCCAAUUUCGGGCUACAUGCCAGACCAGCUCGGAACAACGGGCCAGCUUGGAGCUACAGGCACUUCCUUGAAGAUUGCUGGGCUAGAUGAGCCCCAUUUGCCAAUGCCCAACGUGGGAUUUGGGAUUCCCAGCAACACUGUCGCCUCGGCCUCGGCCGUGUCUGUCGGAGGAGUCCAAGGAGGGCCGUACGGCAUGCAGCUUCCAUUGCUGCAACCCAGUUCCCCGCAAGCCUACGCCACCCAGCUGCCAAGCUAUCCGGUGGGUGCUACCAGUCCAGGUGCUAAUGUCUUCACUACCACUCUCCCUUCGGCCUACACAGCUGGGGGUGUCCCCGCUUCUAGUGGAUCGGUGCGCAUUAGCUCUCCUAUCCCAAUUCAAACUGUGCCCCAGACCUACACCAGCUACACGAUGCCAAGCUGA